CAAAUGUUUCUCUGUUUUGAAGAUCCAUUUCUAAUGAUUUUCUUUAAAAUUUGUACUAGUAAUUUUGUGUGUAUGUGUUUCACUGAAUGUUCAUAUAUAGAAUGGGUAAGCUUUAUGGAAUCUCCAUUUCUCUCAUCCUCAUCAACUUAGCCACAAUGAUGCAACGAGCAGACGAAAAACUCAUUCCUUCGGUUGCCAAAGAAGUGAAAGAAACGUUCAAUGCAACCCUCUCUGAUAUUGGAUUCCUCACAUUUAUAAGAAAUAUUGUUCAAGGACUUGCCUCUCCUUUAGCCGGUUUAUUUGUCAUCAGUUAUGACCGCCCAACAGUUUUCGCAAUCGGUAGUUUCUGUUGGGUCUUAUCAACUUUUGCAGUUGGAGCUAGCCACUACUUCAUUCAGGUUACCCUUGGUGUGGCACUUAAUGGGUUUGGACAUGCGAUUGUUUACCCAGUGCUUCAGUCGAUAAUUGCGGAUAGCUUUAGUGAUAGUUCGAGAGGAUUUGGUUUUGGUUUAUGGGGUCUCAUUGGUACGGUUGGAGGUAUAGGGGGAACCGUCGUGCCAACAGUCAUGGCUGGUCAUGAUUUCUUGGGAACCCCAGGAUGGCGAUGCGCCUUUAUAUUGAUGGCAACGAUGAGUGCGAUCAUCGGGGUUCUUGUUUUUUUCUUUGUCACUGACCCGCGGAAAAAGAAAAGUAGCAGCUCCAUUUCUCAUGAUCAUGAACGAGAUGAACUAAUGGUUAAUAAAGCAAAGAACUAUGAUGCUGCAACAAUUAUGAGCUCGGUUUGGAUGGAAUCGUGGGUGGCCAUAAAAGAUGUAACCAAAUUACGAACAUUUCAGGUCAUAGUAGUGCAAGGAAUCGUGGGUUCGGUGCCAUGGACUGCAAUGGUUUUCUUCACAAUGUGGUUCGAACUCAUUGGCUUUGAUCACAAUAAGACGGCAGCUCUAAACGGCGUAUUCACCACUGGACAUGCAAUAGGAUAUUUAGUCGGAGGAAUAAUCGCAGACAAAAUGUCUCGUAUAUUCCCAAACUCAGGCAGAAUAAUGUGUGCACAAUUCAGCGUUUUCAUGGGCGCUAUAUUCUCCAUUAUUCUUCUAAGAAUGAUCCCGCAGUCCAUUGAUAGUUACUACAUCUUCUUGGUCACUCUCUUUCUAAUGGGUCUAACCAUAACUUGGUGUGGACCAGCCAUUAACUUUCCUAUCUUAGCUGAGAUUGUUCCUCCUAAGCAUCGAACCAUGAUGUAUGCCUUUGAUCGUGCACUCGAAGGAUCUUUGUCGUCAUUUGGUGCUCCUUUGGUUGGGAUUAUGUCGGAGAAAAUGUUCGGAUUUGACUCAAAUGGAACUGACUUUAUUAAAGAUUCUGGUCGUGCAGCCGAGGCGUUGUCCAAGGGGAUCUUCUCAAUGAUGGCUGUCCCGUUUGGAUUGUGUUGUCUUUGUUACACACCAUUAUAUUUUCUUUUUCAGAAAGAUCGAAAAAUCGAUAGAACUCCGAGUUCAAGGGAAAUAGAGAUGAUAUGAGAAUUAUCUUGUUCGCAAUAAUUGAAGCUGUCUCGGCCAGUAAUUUUUUUUAACUAUGUACCAGUGAAACAAUCAGGUUUUCAUGUUUAUUUUAUAAGAAAGUAUUACAUUAUCA